AUGUCAAAGAAUCCAACUACCCAUAAGAUGGGUCUCUUUAAUAGACUACCCGCCGAACUGCAAAUCGAAAUCUUUGACUAUCUCCCAGCUACUGACGUCAAGGCCGCGAGAGCUGUCAGCAGAACCUUUCGGGACAACGCCACGCCUGCGCUGUUUCGCAGCAUUGUUGCUUGUGCAAGAUACCAAGCGUUGGGCGCCUUUCAGAAUGUCUCAUUACAUUCGGUGUACUCAGGCUAUGUUAGAGAGGUCAUCUUCGAUGGAACACUCUACGAUGAGGUGCUCGCGAAAGAUCAUCGCUGUUACCAACGAUCCGAGCAGAAGACAGACGAGUUCAACUCGUCAUCCUUCUACGCAAUGCGAACCAGAUGGAAACGAUACCAUGAUUUAUACGAGGAGCAAGAAACUAUGAAUGUCGAUGGCGUUCUUCUGCAAUCAAUUGCACGCGGCCUUGGAAACAUGCAGAACAUCUCAUCGAUCGUGUACUCGCCGCACCAACACGCUAUACCCGUGGAACGCAAGACACUGCGUGACUUGCUCACAAGAGGAGCUCUUCCUGGCAGACUCGGCAAGAACCGCACUACUAGUUGGGAUCAUCCUUUCCGCCAACUCAUCGGCGCUGUCUUCAUGUCAGAGUAUGCUGGAAUUCGACAGCUCACGAUAGAAGCACCUCGCGAAGGACAUUCAUGCACAGAGCUCUCCUUAGAAAUGUUCAGGUUUCCAGAAUCAAACGAUCUGCUCGCUGUGAAACACCUCUUUCGACGUUUAGUCAGACUGAACUUCAAUUUGUCUAUCCUUAACACCCAAACUAGGGAUUUACACCCACCCACCAACAUCGAUCCACCCACCCGGCAGCUCGAAAAUCUGGCCAAAGUUCUUGGAGCCGCUCAGGAUCUGCGACAUCUUUCCUUCGGAAUCUUGGACUGGAAACAUCUUCAUGAGCCCAUGUGGGACGGCGGAUCGAUUCCAGAAGAACGCUCCAUCGUUGACUUUAUUGGUCUUGGAGCGACAUGGCCAAAGCUACGCUCGUUGAGGCUUGAAGGAAUUUACGCCAGGGAACAAGACUUGUGUCAAGUGAUCACCCGACACAAGGAGACCUUGAGAUCUGUCAUCUUUGCCAAGUCCACUCUUUGUACGGGUUUGUGGAUUGAAGUGGUGAAUGAGGUCGUUUUCAACGCAUCUAUGAUUACUACGUUUGUGUUAGACAACGUCAACGAGGAUGCUGGCGCGUGGUCUGCACAAGCGGAUGCUAGAACAAAGCGUAUGUUAGGCUAUGAAGGCCACCUUGUUGUGGAGAAAGAUGGAGAUCGUGAAUUUGUCGAUACCAACCCAGACAAGCUCUCAGUAAAGAAUGACCGGCAUUUAGUGCGGUGGGAGUGA